AUGCCUUUUCACAAUCCUCUCGAAUCAAGCUCGCAGGCCCGAGCACGAGCGAAGAAGUUGGCACUUGAAAAAGAGAUCAGAGAACGCGAGCGCCGCUCGCAGGUAGAUUCCUUAGUUUUAUCCCAGGCGCAGAAACAAGCGGCGCAAGACGUGCAGAACGCAAAGGCGAAAACAGAAGCUAAAGCAGAGGCUGAUGCUAAAGCACUGGCUGAGAAGCAAAAAGAGAAGGCGGAGAGAGAUGCGUAUAUCUAUGCGAUACAGGGCAACCAAAUGUGGCGAGAGAGGAAAAGUGAUUUCUCACGCGGGGAGGACCUUGAAGAGGUUGAUGGUGAUUCCGACUCACCUUUGACAAAUCCUUGCCAGAUUUGCUUUAACCGCAAUGUCAAAUAUACCCUCGGGGGGUGCAACCAUUCAAUGUGCAAGGAUUGUAUAAAACGUCAGUUCUGUUUCCACCCAUCCGGUCUGACCUGCCCUUGGUGCGGCUGCGCCGCGACGACAUUAGACGAGAAACAGGGCGCGGCAAUCAUUAAAACUCAAGAGGUGAAAAAAUGGAUGUUCCGUAAUAGUUCUAAGUUUAGAGAAAGGGUUCAGGGUGGUCGUGAGCCAUAUCCGUUCAGUUAA